UGCACAACCAACAACUGCGGAUCCUCCUGUUCAAGUUCAGCUUCAUAUUCUGUCCAUCCUCCUGCACCUGAUACAAUUCCUCUCUCGGCUGUGUAUCUAUUGAAACACGCCCUCGCAAUUCACAAUCAUGGAUAAGUUUUCAGCCUUCGGAAAGAACAUCAGUUCUGCCUUCAACUCGACUGUUUCGCCCUUUGCGCAACGCAGUCAGCAAUAUCUCAAGGAACAAUUCGGUGGAGCGGAAGAAAAGACCCAACUUCCUGCGGACUAUGUCGAACUUGAGAAGAGAGUCGAUGCUUUGAAACAAGUCCAUCAAAAGCUCCUCGCUGUUACUAACCAGUACCAAAAUGAGGCUUACGAUUACCCCCCAAACAUCCGUGAAUCCUUUACCGAUCUGGGACGCAGCAUUUCCGAGAAAGUGACUCUCCUCUCUCAUGCUUCCAGUCCCGCUGAAGCCCAAGCGGCCCUCACUGCCCCUCCCUCCGCCAAACCUCAACCCAAGACUUUCAACCACGCGAUCGCCCGGGCUGCGCUGGCGAGUUCUCAGCUUCUUCAGCAGAGCAACCCUUCUGGUGAUGAUCCUCUAGCCUCUGCACUCGAGAAGUAUGCCUUGGCCGAAGAGAAGGUUGGAGAGGCCCGACUCGCCCAGGACCAUGCAAUCCAGGCACGAUUCCUCGCAGGGUGGAACACCACUUUGAACACCAACAUCCAAUUUGCCCAGAAGGCUCGCAAGGCGGUCGAAAACAGCCGCUUGCUGCUGGAUAGUACCAAGGCUGCAAAGAAGAACCAGGUCCAGGCCCGAGGAAUGAAUCCAGACGAUGAGACUGCACUCAGCGAGGAAGCGCGAGCGGAGAUUGAGGCCAAGGAAGACGACUUUGUCUCGCAGGUUGAGGAUGCCCAAGGGGUCAUGAAAAAUGUUCUUGACACGCCCGAACCACUUCGGAACCUUGCCGACUUGAUCGCUGCCCAGCUCGAGUACCACAAGAGAGCCUACGAAAUCCUCUCCGAGCUUGCCCCUGAAAUCGAUCAACUGCAGGUUGAGCAGGAGAGCAACUACCGCAAGAGCAGAGAAGGCGCGUGAGUGAGAGCAUGACUGGGAGUUAGGACAGUCUGGAAGCAUUGCACCAGGGCUUUUGGUUGGACCUGGUUUUGCGUCUUCCACUUUUCUCUGCUGGUGAACGGCAACAAUGUCAGAUUCAUAGUCUACAGUAAGCCAAUACCAAUUUGGUCGAAUUGCCAUUAUGUCAACCGG